AUGUUAUUUUAUGUUAUUUUAUGUUAUUUUAUUUAUAAUUUAUUUAUUUUUUAUUAUUAUUUAUAAACUAUUUUUAAAAUAGUAACAAUUAAAUAAAAGAGGUAAAAAGAAAAGAAAAGAGAACAGAAAAGGAAGGGAAAAAAGCUCUCUAAGCUAUAUGUAUAUAUUUGCUAAUAAAGAUAACGAUAGAUAGUGAUAAUCAUAAGUAUAAAAAGAUGGAAUUAAAGUCGAGUGAUAAGAAUGCAUCGGUUCGGUCAUAAAGUGAUUAAAAACCGCCGUGCAUACCGUGUCUGCCAAAACUACCAAAGCCGCCUGGUCCACCAAAACCAUGAUGAGCGCCAUGUCUGCCAAAACCACCAAAGCCGCCUGGUCCACCAAAACCAUGACGUGCGCCAUGUCUGCCGAAACCACCAAAGCUGCCUGGUCCACCAAAACCAUGAUGUGCGCCAUGUCUGCCGAAACCACCAAAGCUGCCUGGUCCACCAAAACCAUGAUGUGCGCCAUGUCUGCCGAAACCACCAAAGCCGCCUGGUCCACCAAAACCAUGAUGUGCGCCAUGUCUGCCAAAUCCACGGUGUGCGCCAGGUCCACCAAAUCCACCAAACAUGCCAUGUUUACCGAAUCCGCGAUGCAUACCAUGCUUAUGGAGUCCGCCAUGCUUUCCGUGUUUGCCGUAUCUGCCAUGUCUAGCGUGUAGACCAAAACCUCCGAACCCGCCGAGUCCGCCAAGUCCACCG